AGUAGUCCAGUCGCCAGAGCGCAUGCGUGCCAUGAGCUGAAAAUGGGCGAAGUGCAAAAAAACAAUUCGUUUGUGCCUUUUUUGAGACAAUGUUUCGUGACAGCCUGCGUGUCGCUGAACAUCAUCGGACAUGGAGCCGUCAUUGGAUUCUCCGCCAUCCUCAUCCCGAGUCUCAGGAGGCCGGAGUCCCACAUUCAUGCCACUCCAGCUGAGGAGUCUUAUAUCGCAUCAAUCGUGGGCAUCGCUCUCAUCGCGGGGAACAUCAUCAUCACCCCACUGCUAAACAUGGUGGGCCGAAAAACUGCACACUUGCUCACCAUCUUUCCUGUCCUGAUUGGCUGGUUCAUCACCGUCCUGGCCGACAGCGUCACAGAACUCAUCGUCGGUAGAUUCCUCCAAGGAGUCUCCAUGGGAAUGCUUGGUCCUCUAGGAUCCAUAAUCGUAGCCGAAAUGACCGACCCGAAAAAAAGAGGAGCUUUCCUCACUUGCGUCUCCCUAUCACUUACCAUUGGAGUACUGUUUGGUCACACCAUCGGAACAUACUUGAGUUGGCAGCAAGUUGCGCUGGUCUCAUCCUUCAUAACCUUCUUCAGUCUUCUCCUGAUCAUAUUCGCCCCCGAGUCCCCACCAUGGCUGAUUUCGCAAGGUCGUUAUGAAGAAGCUGAGGAAAUUUUCUACUGGCUUCGCGGCCGGGGUGACAACCAAAACGACGAAUUGGAAAGCAUGAUCGCUGCACAAAAAAUGGCGAGGAAAUCCAGUGUCGCAGGACAAAAAUUACCGAUCAGGGUCCAUAUCGUACGCUUCUUCAGAUACGUAGGUCAGUCAUUCAGAAAACCAGAGUUCUUCAAGCCCAUUCUGAUCAUGUUGUUCUUGUACGUGAUGUUCCAGUUCUCUGGCAUCAACGUCAUCAGUUCGUACGCGUUGGACAUCAUCACGCAAGUGGUGGGACCUGAAGCGAAUUCGGAAAGAUUGAUGGUGGCGAUGGACAUCGAGCGGUUGGUGUGCAACAUCAUCGUCGUGUUCCUGAUGAGGGCUUUCAAGAGGCGAACGGUGCUAUUCUGCAGCGGGACAGUGUGUAUUCUGGCGUACCUUUCGAAAGGGGCGUAUGUUUACGCUAAACACAGCGGGAAGUUGCCUCCAUCGUUGGAAGGGCAGUGGUUCCCUAUAUUGCUGUUAGGCAUUUACAUGGCAUCGCUGACACUUGGUAUAUCUUCGGUGCCGUUCGCAAUAUCAGGGGAGAUUUUCCCAUUGGAAUACCGAGGCUUGGCUGGUGGAAUCAGCGUGCUGCCUUUGUCGCUGAACUUCUUCAUUGCUGUCAAGUGUUUCCCAGUUUUGACAGCAGCCAUUGGUCUGCCACUAACGUACGUGUUGUACGCUUGCGUUGUAUUGAUCUGCUUGGUGUUUAUCUUCUUCUUGCUGCCGGAGACCAAAGACAGGACUCUCCAGGACAUCGAGGACACCUUCCGAGGCAUGGACCCUCGAGACCGUAGGUCUAUUCAACCUCUGAAGCCUAAAGAAGGCGCGGAGAUGAUGCGUAGAUGUAGUUCACAUAUUCUGUACUAAAUUUUUGAUAAAAUGUGACAAUUUGACCGAACGAAGUGCGUGUAAUUUGGAGGCGAAUUUAAAGCUGUGUUGUUAUGAAAGAUUGUGAAUGUGCUUUUAUUCGUCAAAAGUAUGUUUGCUUGUUAUUUUAUCGAUAUUCUUUAAUGUUGUAAAUAAUGAAUCAGUUGAGUGUAGUACUUACUUUAUAUCACAAGAAAAAGUUCCUUAAAAUUGCAUUACGUCAAUGGACUAAUCCGUGUUACCUACCUCUUUUUUUAAAUGAAACUCUAUUUAGAUACCGAUCUUGAUUAGAAAGAGAUUAAUCAAAAAGUUUCUUAGGUAUAAUUAAUACCUAAUUUAGGGCCAAGUUGGUACACGUAGCUCGAAUAAAGAAGUGGCAAAAGAGUCAUGAAUGACUUCUUGUUGAGUAAAUUGUAAGGAAAUGAUUGAAUUUCAAAAUAAAGUUUGCAAAAUUAUGCCACAAGCACGCAGCUUUAUUGGAGAAUGAAUUAGUUUGUCUGGCUGGCCCCUUAUAUUUUUAAAUAGGUAAUUAAGUUUCAGAUUAAAAUGUGAUAUUAAUCUAACUAAAUGUGAUAAGUAGCUUGCGUAUUUAUUUGCCGACUAGUUAUUGUAAGUUAUCUAUAAGAUUGUGCUAUCCAGCUCUAAGGUGCAAGAUCCUACAGAUUAGCAUUAUCUACUUAAUUUUAAGACUUUUAUUAAAUUAUUGUAAAUUAAUCUCAAUUAAUACACAUUUCCGAAUUGUU